CUUCUUUUCUCCUCACGAUUCGGUGCUCAUCAAUCUCCAAUGCCGUUUUCAAUCAUUUUUUAGCCCUUUUCAGGCUCUUUUUUUCUGCCCUUUUGGUGCUCUGGUUGUGCGAGCAUAUUUUGGGUUGUGAGUGACUUGCUUCAGAAUACAGUUACUCCAGCAGAGAGAUUCUCCUGUCAUACAUAGAACACUGUUCUCCUUACCCUCUUUUUGCUUCCUUUUUCUCCUGUGAAUCUAGUGCCCGGUUCUCGAUCCCACUUCUAAAGCUCCAAUUGCGUGGCUGCAUUGUAGUACGGGAGAUCAGCUCGUGUGCUCACCUUCUGUUCAAGCUCAUAUCUGUCCGUAGAAGAAGAAGAAGAAGAAGAAGAAGAUCAAGAAAGAGAUCGCCGCAAUGCCGAUGGAGCAGGCCUUCAUGCACUGCGACAAAGACGCCCUGAAGAUGGCCAUGCUCAAGCAUGAGGAGACCUUCAGGCAGCAGGUGCACGAUCUCCAUCGCCUGUACAGAAUUCAGAAGCUUCUGAUGCGGGACCUCAAGAGGGAGAUCAAGAGCCAGCAGAGCGGCCUGUCCGCCUCCCCGAACGGCUCCCCGGGCGCCGAGUACGACCGCCGCAGGGCGAGCGCGCUCGAUGCGUGCUCCUACGAGCAGCAGUGGCAGCACGGAGCUGCCCGCCGCGGCAGCCACGCGGCGGCGACCCCUCGCGCCGCGCAGGCACAGCUGAGCCCGGAGGCUACCGACGACGAGGAGGCGGAGCUGGAGCUCACGCUCGCCGUGGGCAGCGGCGGCAAGAAGCGGUACAGCAACGAGCACUGCUCCCCCGGGGAGAGCUUCUCGUCGUCCACGACGGAGUCUGACACGCCCACCGGCGGCCUGGACUGGCAGCAGGCGCAGGCGCACCAGCAGCUUGCCGGCACUGGCGCAGGAGCGGGCUCGCCGUACCACAAGCGGAGGCCGGCGGUGUUCGAGGCGGUGCAGGUGGAGGACGGCGGGGUGCAGCAGCCUUCUCCGCUGCUGUUCCACUGGCUCAGCCUACGGAUGGCAUGAAGCUAGCCAUGGAAUGGAAGGCAACCGACCGGCGCAUGCAUGUACCGUCGCCGUCUGUCUCGUGGCUAGUGGCAGGCAGUUUGACUCCCUGUUUCUUGAGUUGUAGUAGGAGUACUGUGUCUCUGUGCUUCCAGGUUAAUCAUGGAUCAAGCUAAUCCAAUUUUUUUUUAACUUUGUCGUUGAGGGUAAUGUAGGAGCCACUUUCCACAGGUGGAAAGGGAAGAAUGUAGGGGCUUUUCAGAUGAUGCUAAUCAUGGUUGGCUCUCACUGCAAGUAGCUUAAUUUGCUUUUGUAAGUGGUGACUUUGGCUGUUAUUUUAAUGGGGCAGUCUUUCUGUAUGAAA